CUACUUCGAGCAACAUUUUUUUUUUCGAACAAAUUGUUUCAAUAUGCUAUGGGUUUGAGACCUUAUCAAAGUUCAAAUGAUCUCUUUGUUCAAUUUUAUCAGCUCGCCUUUUCAAAAGUCCCUCUAGUGACAACUAUCAAAGUGCUGCAGUAUGUGUUCGCAGCUAUAUGUUUUCUGUAUACUUACAGUAAUUAUUACUUAAAAUACGUACAAAUGAAAGCAAUUGUUUCUCAUAUUAAGUUUGAUUAUGAGCAUAUGUCUAGUAAAUAUGAUUUCGAUAUUACGGAAAGAUAUAUUAAAGAGAGCAAACUAUAUACGUUUUCAAUCAUUGGUAUGGAUGUGGAAUGCUACACGGAAGUCCGAAUACGCAAUACUACAAUUAAAUUUUUAUUGAAAAUUGGCCAUCCUUUUCGAGAAUCUCAGAAAUUUAACCAAAUUUGGAAUGAAUACAAUUGGAUAGUCGACGUAAUAAAGCAUCAUGAAAGGAUCAUGGAAUAUGUUGAUUUCCUCAAUUGUAGUUCAAAGAGAAUUUACUUAAUCGAAAUUUCCUUUAUUAUGCUCUUCAUUAUAUUGGAUUUCUUGUUUAUAUUUCAAGUUUCAUCGGUGAGGGAAAAUAUAACCCAAAUUAUCGAAUGUAGUUCCUACAUUGCAUGCUCUAUAUUUGUUACUUUUGUUAAUUUUUAUAUUGGACAGACGCUUAUUAACCAUAGCGUAGAAGCUCGCGAUGAAUUGUGUAAAAUACCAUUCUAUAAUCUUUCAAUUAGAGUUCAAAAAUUGUUGUUAUUUAUGUUAAUGAGAUGGUCGAAGCCAUGCGUGCUUUCAAUCGGAGAUGUAUUCGUAUCGUCGCAUAAAGCAUUCGCUGGGCAAGAAGCAUGAGACCGUGCAGGCUUUCAAUCCAUUAUUUAUUUGCCUCAUCUCAGUAAGUAUUUUCCGGAAAAAACAUCAUACAAUUAUAGAAUCUAUUAAUUAUUUUAGUUAUUUAAAUUAAGGAUAUUUUAUUUUUGUUAAUGCAAAAAGUAUUUUCUUUUGUAAAUGUAUAUUAAAGUGCACGCUAACUGCAAAAUUUAUUUUAGGAAAAAGAAAUGCAAUGAUUGUUAAUACGAAUAAAAGAACUUCUUUCCUCCCGCAGAAAUAAAAUGUGUCU